AUGAAAGGGUUAGGAGCCAAUCGCAGCCGUCACCUGUCGGACUCCUGUGAGCCAUCGGGGGCCCCAAAGAAGCCCCUGUACCCCUUGACCUCUGACGCCGGCGGUCCCUUCCUCCUGAGCCCCACCAUGAACCACUACAGCACCCUGGACCCCCACCAACUCUACCAGGCCCCCAACCCCCAAUCACUGCCUCCGGAGUACCUGCUGCCCCUCAACCAGAUGUCCAACAGCAGCACCUUCCCCCGCCUCCACUUCACCUCCCAACCGGAGCAGGCUGACUACUCCCAGGACUACUCCCAGGAUUGCAUGGUCCCUGCCGGGGGCGGGGGUGGGCCUGGGGGCAGCCGGGCGGGCACCAUGUCCACCUCCAUGUCCAUGGGCCUGGGUCUUAGAGGGGCUCCCAUGAUCACCAGUGGAUCAGUUACCAUCUCCUCUGCAGCAGCGGCCAAGAUGAAUCGUCUGCCAUCUAACCUGUUGGACCAGCUGGAGAAGCACCUACCUCUGCAGAGGGAUGGCUUCAGUACCCUCCAGUUCCACCGGGGCAGGGUGGCCAAGCAGCGCAGCGAGAGCCCCGGACGCAUCCGUCACAUCAUGCACUCUGUCCAGAAGCUCUUCAACAAGUCCCAGUCCCUGGAGGGCUCGGUGGUCAAGGGCAACAUGAACAGCACUACAGGGGGAGGUGAGGAGGGGACCAAGCAGACCCGCAGGAGUAAGAGUAAAGACAGGGCUAAGACUGAGAUGCUGAAGAAGCGACCUAGCAGGCAGAAUGCACUGGGGCUCUGGAGCUCAGACGAUGCCCUGGACAGUGACACCACCACCAAAGCUGGCACUAUCGCCGUGGGCUACCGUAACCCACUUAGCAUGAUGACGCUGGGCAGGGCAGUGUCGGACAGCCAGGCUCCUCCCAGGCACCUCCCACAGGGCUACAACACCAUCUCUGCUCACACACUCAAGGCCUCCAAGAGUAGCAGCGACCUCAAGUACCUGGCCUGCCCGCAUGCGCUGGCAGGGACCAGCGGAGGGGAGCUGGUGGGAGGAGGAGGCAGGGAGAGCACUCUGGUGAAGAGAGGCUCCUGGUCAACACUGACCCUCAGCCAGGCCAGGCAGGUGCUCCAGAAGGGCUCAGCCACAGUCAACAGGACGCUGCUCAAAUCCAAGUCAUAUCACCAGGACCUGACCUGUCAGUACCUCCAGGUAGGAGGCCCAGUGAGUAUUAUUCACACCAGGCACUAGUAUCACUGCACCCCCUAAUUCCCCUCACGGCUUUACUGUUUCCUGAAAUUAGGAGAUUUGUUUUAAAACCUCAUUAAUUUGAAUCCCUUUCUAACUAUUGCAGCAGCAGCAUCUUGACAUGUAUAGUCUAUAAUCCCAUUAUUCAAAUGCUUUCAUUACAAAUACACACAGUACAUUCACAUGAAUUGAAAUUACACAUUCGAGGUCUCUCUCAUUAAACUAGUUUAAAGACUGUCUGAUAAAAUGGAGAUGAAGGUUUGGUGACUCAGUGAGUCACAGUGGGAUGGGGUGUGGCCCCAUGCUGUCUGUAGAUUCCCCUGGGAGACUGGAGCGCUACGUUGGGGGGCCGGGGCCGGCCCGGUGGCCUGGAGAUCCCCUGCCGGAGGAUGCGUAGCGGCAGCUACGUCAAGGCCAUGGGGGACGUGGACCAGGACAGCGAGGAGUCGGAGGGAAGCCCCAAACCCUCACCCAAAACAGCUGCCCGCCGCCAGAGCUACCUGAAGGCCACCCAUCAGUCCCUGAGCGAGCAGCAGCCUCCACCACACAAGUAAGUGAGACAGCCACAAGAGGAAAUGUGCAUGUAGAUCAUACUGUAGUUAAUACUGUUUAGAUAUGUGUCUGAAGAGGAGUUUGUUUCUCCUUAUCAAUUUAUGUCAUGACAGAACAGAUAACAUGGGAUGUCCGGGGGAACUUAUUAUUUUAUAGAGAAGUAGCUACAGACACCCUGCAUGGAAACCUGCCUGCUCUAUAAGAGAGUCAAAUAUAACUGAAUAAAACUAAAGUGGCCACCACAAAUGGACAGCAGGGGGCAGAAUCCUGACACUGAUGUGGAACAGUAACUACAGUAUGCAAGGUCAAACCUGCAGGCUGCAACAGACCCUUGUUCAUUAGGAGUACAUAUCAGCUUAACAUGUUCUUAGGGGCUGUUCAAUUAUAGCAAAAGGAAAUCACCUACCAACAACAAAGGAAAUCACCUACCAACAACAGGUAACCAAAAGUUUCCAUUUGAGGUCAAAAAGGUGAAAUGUUUUGUCAUGUUCCCCACCACCCACACCGGCAGGCCUCGCUGCUACGCUCUCAUGCUGAAGGAUAAUGGGGUACUGUGGUCUCCACUACAGAGUGCAUGCUCAAUGCAGCAUUUGGCCAGGUCAGUGUCCUAUGUAUGGGGGCAGCACGGUCCUCCACUCACACAUGCCCACUGCUGCUGCCACUUCUCUUUAACCAACCCAGUGCUUUGUCCCGUGCCCCUGCCCACAUCCCAUCUAUUGCCAAGUGCUCCGAGUGGUGUGUUAUUAUCCCGGCCACAGCCAAUCCCGUCACGUCUCUCAUUAUAAACCACUGAUCUCCCAUAUAAACCCCUUCCACCCUCACUCCUCUGCCCGGCACACACAUUUCCACUAACAGGUGCCUUCUUGACAGGCAAGUCAGAACAGAGGAAACAAUCUCUCUGUCUCAGCAGAUUCGAUUAAUGAUUAUAAAGCAAAAAUAGAACUCAAAUUUUCUCCCUUUUGUUUAGAUGUUUACUGACAACUCAAUGUUUCCUCUGUGCUGUCAUUUUGAUACCCAGAUACACUCCGCUAUCCUCUCAUCUCACUGGUAUUUAAUCUCACAAAAUCACAAGAAGUUUGGGGAAGGUUCAAAGCAUCCACUGAAAAUGGAUGCUCCAGCACCAGCGGUUCUCAUCAACCCAAGACGUCACGUAUCCUCCCCACCCUUCAUCCAGGUAUUUUCCUUACUGUUAAGGGGUAAUUUCAGCAGCUAAUUCUCCCCCCUAUCCCUGUAGCUGUCUCCCCUCCCUGAGAGAGCUCUCCUCCAAUCGGAGCCUGGACAAUCUGGACUGCCUGGUGAGCCCGGGAGAGCCCCCGAUGGCCAUGCGGCACUGGGACGAUGGCAAAGACUACCAUCAGAGCUAUGCUACCCUGGGCAGGGGCAUGACGAGCAGUGGGCAGGUAUGUAAGUCCACUCUCUCUAUCACUCAGGACACUCUUCAUCAGGGUCUAAAACAGGCCUGUCAGUGUGUGGGGGAAUAAUACCCCCAUACAACAAAUACAACAUAACAGUGUGACAGAUGUAGGCGUAAUUAACUAAUAAAAAGGUACUACUGUAUGAAAUGAAUUAUUCAUAAAGAAUGCCCUCAGCCAGUGCAAAGACCUUUAGUGUUGACAAGCCUCAAGCCUGAAACAACAACCAGAAAUGAAUAGGAUGUUGACGGCAUGGUGCAUUGCAGACAGCAGAAUCCUCUAUUUCUGUGACUGCAGGCAGGGAUAGAACAUUUCAGAUUAUGUGUGUGGUGAGACGCUGUUUGGUUAAAUAUUCAGUAAGCCAGUAGAGACAGGAAUAGGAAUGAUGUUUGAAAGUAAUUUUCAGAAGUUAAGACUGGGACAUGAGCCUCUGUCUAAUCCUGAGGAAGUUCGGUUUUUAUCAAGACCAGCAGACUCCUUUCAGAUGGAAGACCUGGCGCCACUUAUGCUCAUGGAGAUAAAAUGUCAUCAUAUUACAGAUGACAAUAGUUAAAUUACCCUCUACCUCUUACAGGAAGCUUUUGUUAUUAUCAAAUAAUAUUUUAUUAAUUUAAUUUGGGAGAUGACAAGAAGAUCUCUCUUUGGGACAAAAGCACGUUUUUUAUGAAUGAACUGCAACGUUUUAUCAGGAUUGAUAUCUGACGGAUUACGAUGGCUGCCUUAGCAGGAGAAGAGCCUUCAAAGGAUAUGCAUUGUCAUGGAGGUAACUGUGCAUACAAUCUAAUAUAGGAGAGGUUGUAACACAUCAAUGCCUUUCCAUCAAGGCUUUUCAUUGGGUAUAAAAAGGAGUACAGACAAUAUCAGCUUGCAUGCUAGUCAGUAAAGAUGGUUUCAAGAUAGUAAUAAUCAUUACAAAACCAUGGUGAAAAGUAUUGCAAGAUUCCAAUGGAUCAAAUAACAGAUAACCAGCAACCAAGGAAAAAGCUAUUAUUUGUAAAUAUCAUGAAAUGGUGUGAAGUUUCAUCAUUUGAUUUGAAUGAAGAUAAAACAUUUAUUUUGAAAACUGAGCAUCCCUGUUACAUCUCCUUUCUUUAUUGGGGGACACAACAAUGUGCCAUCUCUGGCACCAGCCUCCUCCUCCUCACACUGCAAUGAAAAGCAGGAUGAACAAACAGAGACUCCACCUGCUACCAACAUCAUUAAACCCUUGAACAUCACAGCAGCCUGGUAUAGAAGACUGGGCUGUAAUAGGCCAUCAUUGUUCCUCCUCCACUCUGGCACUGUUUGAACAGUGAAACUAGCCCUUAUCGCAGGGUGGACAGGUGAAGUUGACUCAGCUGGUCCGUCUCUCUACAAUACCUCCUUCCUGUCCAGCCUAUCCCUGGCCCUGGGAUAUACAGUUGUAUUAUGAUAUAUUCCUGCUGGUGAAUGUGCUAUUGUGGAAAAGUGUCAUGUUGUCAACGCCGGAGCCUGGAAAUGUGCUACACCAAUAAAUACGUCCUGUAGAUCAAUAGCAUCGCUGAGCAAAACCAGACACCACCACAACCACUACGACUAUGAUGUGGAGAGAGUGGACAGCUUGUAAUGGGAGGCUGUUGAUGCCUCAGACAGUGAUUACAUUAGCUCCAGGCAUGAGGAGGAAAGUGAAAUCUGACGCUGCUGGCUUAUCAUCCCUGAUUAAACAUUCUGUGUGGUAUUUCACAUUAGAUACAAUACAGUGAGUACGCAUAUUCUAUAAGUGGACACAAAGCUUAAACAGAAUAUUGAUAUAAUGAGAUGCCUUCAACAUGGUUAUUGAAGUAGCUUACUUUUGAUCAAUCCAUUUCAUUAAGUACAAUUUUGACUGUGCAUGAUAACUCCUGUACCCAUUUUCCUCUGGAGAUAGUGAGAAGGUCCUUUAUCAGUGCAUGAGUUUCUUUGGUAAAUCUAACAGUCAUUUGGAUUGGGCUCUUGUGAGCUGAGGGAAACAGGAUCCUUCACACUUUCUCACCCUACACCACUACCUUACUCCAGAAGCAUGCCCCGCCACCCGAGACUGGCACUGCUUUCGCCUCACCGGCAGCGGCGGGCUAGCAGUCGCCUAAGUCCCCGCCCCCAACGUGUCAACCUGCACGUGUCCUUUCAGGUGUGUGGGCAGGGCUGCGGGCGCUCGCUGUACUGCGAGGGGGAGUCCCAGGCGGUGGAGGCUCUGAACCUGCCCACACCGACGUGCUUUCGCUCCCGCAGCCACAGCUACCUGCGGGCCAUCCAGGCCGGCUGCUCCCAGGAUGAGGACACCGCCUCAGUGGACUCAGAUUCACCUCCACCCACCACCACCGGCUGCACCUACACCUCCAGCACCAGUGAGUGUACUGUACUGCUCAGGAGGGGGGUGGGCUGGGACCUGGGCUCAGGAGAG